AUGAAUACUACAAUGAAUAGAUUUAUUCCAACCAUAAUCAUUCGUCCUUAUCCAAAUCUACCGUUAACAGAACAAGAUAUGUAUGAUUUAAAAAAUAGUAUGAGAAAAGCAAAUGAAAUGAAUGAUUUUGUUGAUGAUGACGACGAUGAUGAUGAUGAUGAGGAUUAUAGUGAAGAUGAUGAUACUGGAAUUGUUGAACCAUUAACAACAUCUAUGAAAUCAACAACAUUGGAAGUAAAGUACAAUAGUGUGAAAUCUUCAUCAUCUUUUUUUACAUUAAAGUUUAUUAAUUUAUUAUUAUUAUUAUUAUUAUCAUUGUUAAUUCAAACAAAUAUAUGA